AUGGAUAUCAUUUACAGUUGGUGUAUUAUCUGGUGUUUAUUAAAUCUCAUUUUAAAUGGGAAAAUUGGUCAAGCGCAAGAAGACAGUUCCACAGAAGAUCCUAUUACUGAUCCUCCCACUUUCGAUAAUACAACAAUGACCAGUACAACAAGUGAUUUCACCAAUAAACCAGAAGAGGAAAACUCUACCACAGAUGACACUAAUUAUACUACAAUCCCCGGUUAUUCUAGUACUGACAUAAUCACAAACGAUGCUACAAAUUUAAAAUGUCAACGAAUAUUCUACAUGAUAGUUGGAUUGAUCAGUCUAAUGGCAAUCAAUUAA